AUGUACGCCAAGGAGCGGAGGAGCGAUCUGCUCUCUCGCUUACAUCUCGCAGCAGAGAAUUCAGAUGUUCUCCAGAUGGUAUCCAGAAACACUGCCAUGCAUAAAGAGCCUGUCAGCCCUAAUGAACACAGACUGGGUUUUAUUCCAAAGCCGCCUUCAGGAAACACGGAGAGGUAUGCUACAAUCCGCACCUUUAUCUACAAACAGGAUCGGACAAGAAGAAGCCUAAGGAAGAUAAAAGAAGACAACAAUGAACUUAUAAUGAAACAAAGGAGAGAAGUGAUGAGCAGUGUAAGCCCAGGGGAUGCAAUGUUGUCCUCAAAAUCAGGAGGAAGAGAGAGGAAAGACGCUCGGACCUGCUUUGAAGUGGCGGGCAUAUCUGGAGGGGAUAUGCCUACACAACCUGUCUAUCUGCGGAGUGACACCUGUCAGGACAAAGCCUCGGGAGUAGAGAAAACAGCCUUAGAAGGCAGGAACACCCAGAACUCCAAGGUGAGUGAGAACAGAGUUCCAGAUGACAGCAUCAUAUUGCACAUCCACAGGCUGAGAGCCAGACUCGGCUGGAAAACACAGUCUCCCGGUCUCCAGCAGGUGCCCAGAUUGUCAAAGUCUGAUAAAUAUAAGCGGCUCAUUGAGGAACAAACUCUAAUGAAGGAAGACGAUGGAGAAUUUGUAUACUGUUUGCCCAGGGGUCAUGAUGACCCCUCUAUGCGAUAUGAUCCGUAUGAUCUCCAAGUGGUUCCAGCUUCUACUGCAGUACAGUCUGGCAUGUACUGGACUGUCAGUGCCUCACGGUUGUCUAAGAUAUACAUGGUGAACGGAGCAGAGAUAAUGGAGACUGUGCCUAUUACUGAAUGGUUACACGAGCAACAGAAAUACUACACAAUUAAGAAUAUGCGAGUAUUCUCCCAGUUCAGGCUUUGCAAAGCAUUUACAGUCUGGAAAAUGAAUGUCCAUCGAUCAAAGACAGACAACAGCAGGGCAAUACUUCUCCAGCAGCUGUUUACAGUUGAUGAGUUAUUCCAGGACUGCCUACUAUACCUCCAUUCAUUGUGGGAGGAUGUUGUGGACAUUCAGCGAGAUAACAAAGGCAGAGACACACCUGUUCUGCUUAUUAAGGUGGAUGAUUCUCGCAGCUAUUGUUUGAAAGAGUUCUGUGACAUCCAGACUAGACAAUGCGACAAAUCCCUGGCCAGGCUUCAGACACUCCGAGGGAAAGCCAUUCAUGCCAUCAACCAUACUUUUCUCAAGGUAGCGGAAUAUGCGGGACUGAAAGAUCUUUUCUUAUCUGACUCCACAUUGAAGCCGAACUACACUCAGCUAUCUGAUUGGAGGAACUUGCAGGAAAAGUUUAACCGAUUUCUGAAGCUCGCAGACUGCAUUUUUCAGGAGACGUUGCGCUAUGUGGUCACCAAUUCUAUCCAGAUACUUGUGAAAUUCUUGGAAAAUUCCCACAAUGCGAAAUCAACAGAGGAGAAGAAAAAUGAUCAAUUAAGUGACAAGAAGCUCUUUGACUCAGAAUUGACAAAGGAAAAUAAUGAAGCUAGUAACACUCAACAAACACCCCCAGCCUCUGAGCUUGAUAUUGUUAAGGUACUGAGUGAAAUUCGAAGCAAUAUAGAGGGGAAGCAGGAGGCGGUGGCAGUGUUUGAGGUGAGUUUGGGCCUAUGCGCUCUGUCAGACCUGAAGCAGCAGAUGUCCCCACGCUGUCCUCCUGACUUGUACUUUCCAUCGGAGAUUGGUGGAAACAUUGAACAGCUGACUCUAGCAACCAAUGAAAUACCAAAAAAGAAGCUUAGGGGUGAGAAGAAACAAGUGACCUUUCUGCAGGAAGAAGCGCAGUCCUCAGAUUCCGAAGAAUGGAGUGAGGAGGAGAAGGAUGAGGAGGAGGAUAGCAUUGGUUCUGCAAGGCAUUCAGAUGUUUCAAAGAAAGUUUGUGUGUUUCCUCCAAAAAAUGAGUUCGACCUUCACAUACGGGGCAUCGUGGAUGGAUAUGAGCAGACAAUAGGUAAAAUGACACCUAUCAGCCUGGAACCUUGUUUAUCUAACUACUGCUGUCAACCACCUAAAGAUAUGAGAAAGUCACUUCACACGGAGAAAACAUGGAGUCAAAGGAAAGGCCAAAAGAUUUGGCCUGACUGUGACCUCCUUCUCGAAACUGACAUAGAUUACAUAAUCCAGGUGAAAAAGAUCUUUUCAAUUGUUAAACUCUCCAUGGAGGAAGUUGAAGUUUACAGCAGGCAUUUUAACAAGUUCUGCUCCAUGGUGCAAACUGCGGAGAACGUGAAAGCCAAAAUAUCCAGCGCUCAAGCUAAGCUGUCGCCUGAGGAAUACCGAAACAUUCUGGCCAUGUUUAAAGGUUUCAUCAGUGGCUGCGAACAGAUGAAUAUAGAGCGGAGAGUCCGUGCUGUUAAAGUGAAGAGCUCAGACUUCAAGGCAGCCUGUCUGCAGCAUCUGCAAUUAGUUGUCGAUAUUAUUCAAGCCUCGCUGCCCACUAUCGCCUACGCUAAGAACAUCCAGCUUCUGGAGGUCAUACAGAAGUCCUUACAAAGACUAAACCUUGUGCUGACCAACGUGAAAGAGUUUGUGGAACACCUGACAUUCCUGGGUCAGAUCUCCUCGGAUCUUCUAGCCUUCGAAAGACAAUAUAACACCAUCAUCCAGCUGUACUCUGUCUGUAAAGACUAUGGUAUCAACAUCCCUUCCGAGGAAACGGCGAUGUACCAGAGUCUGACUCCCGGUUUCCAGCAGCUGAAAUCCACUGUGCUUUACUGCGAAGCUAAGAAGGACGAGGACAUUGUGAAGUUCAGCGGGGAUUUGGACACGUAUAUUUCUAACUUGCACUUCGAGUUAAUGGAUUUCAAGAUCAAAGUAAGGAACCCAAUUCUCCUAGAAGUCGACACUUUCCCUCGGGAAGCCAAGGAAGUCAUUGUCAACUUGUUGGAAGAAUUUGAGGUUAUUGCCAACAAGGCCCAAUGUUACUCCUCCUACCAGGAGCGGUUUGGCAGUUCAAUCACUCAGAUGAAGGCAAAGUUAUUGGAUGUGUUGCUGUCGCAGAAGAGCUCUGGAGAUGUCAUCACCAGCCAGAUGCUCAAUACCGAGCUCUCUGAGGUUGAGUCUGAUUUGAGCUUGAGGAAGCUCCUUUGGGAAGCUAAAGAAGAAUGGGCAAGACUGUCAGCAGAGUGGAGACUAACCUCGUUCGAGAGCCUCAACGUGGACAUGAUACAGCGAGAUGUCAAUCGGUUCAGCCAUACGUUGUUUAUGCUUGAAAAAGGACUGCCACCCAAUGACGUUGUGACCAGUCUAAAGCAAUCCAUCUUGGACUUUAAACAAAGUUUACCCAUUGUGGUUGCAUUAAGGAAUCCGUGUCUCCAAGCUCGACAUUGGGAUGCCAUACAUUUCACUAUUGGUCGAAUGCUCACGAGAGACAAGAAUUUCACCCUGGGAAAUCUUCUGGAACUCAGAAUCUUUCAGCACAAAGAUAAAAUAACUGACAUUUCCACAACAGCAACAAAUGAAGCCACCCUGGAGGGGAUGCUGAAUAAAAUUAUCGUUCUCUGGAAUAAAACUGAGUUCAAGUUAGCAGUGCACCAGUCCGAGCUGUCCGAAAUCGUGAUUAUUGCCUCUGCGGAGGAUAUUAUGACUCAGCUAGAGGAAAGUCAGGUUAUUCUCGCCACUGUGAAGGGUUCCCGUUACUGUGGACCGAUCAAGAAUGUUGUUGAUGAAUGGGACAGAAGACUAAACCUUUUUUCCCGUACCAUGGAGGAGUGGGUGAUGUGCCAAAGAAACUGGCUGUAUCUGGAGCAAAUCUUCCUGGCAUCUGACAUCCAGAGGCAGCUCCCAACAGAGGCCAAGCUAUUUGCACAAGUGGACAGUUCCUGGAAAGAAUUAAUGAACCACACGAAGGAUAGACUCAAUGCCCUCCGAGCUGCUACUGCACCAGGGGUUCUUGAGAUCCUGCAGAAUAACAAUGCUCAUUUGGAGAAGAUACAAAAAUGUCUGGAGGACUUUCUAGAAAUUAAGCGGAGAGUUUUCCCAAGAUUCUACUUUCUCAGCAAUGACGACCUUCUGGCCAUCUUGGCAGAAAGCAGGAAUCCCAAUGUGGUCCAGCCUCACCUGGUGAAGUGUUUUGAGAACAUCCGGCACCUGGACAUUAAAUACCCCGUAAAGAGCCCCCCUGAGGUGGAGAUGAUUAUAUCUGCGGAAGGAGAGAAAAUCUGCAUGCCUAAGAAUGUUCGAGUCAGGGGCCCGGUGGAGCAAUGGCUGGGGAACCUGGAGACCAGCAUGUUUGAUGUGGUAAAAAAACUGGUCAGGGCUGGAGUACAGGAUUGGGGAAGGUCUGUCUUUAAGGAAUGGAUGCUCAACCACCCAGGGCAGGUUGUCCUUGUUGUGAGCCAAAUAAUGUUCAGUAAGGAUUGUAUGAGAAGUUUUUCUGCCCCGGAGCCAGAGAAGGAGCUAAAGAUCGUCCUGUCUAAUCUAAUAAAUCAGCUUGGUGAACUGGCUGAAAUGGCUCUGGAUAUUCCCCUCCCUCACCAGAAAACCACUCUGGAAGCCUUAUUGACCAUCUACGUACAUUGUAGAGAUGUUCUGACUGAACUGAUAAAGAACAGAGUGUUCUUCCCAGAAGACUUUGAAUGGACAAGGCAGCUGCGCUAUGAGUGGAAUGACCAGAAUAGCUCAUGCUAUGUAGUGCAGGGCAGUGCCUCCUUUAUCUAUGGUUAUGAGUACUUGGGCUGCUCUUCCCGUCUUGUUAUAACACCUCUUACCGACCGAUGUUGGUUGACACUAACCGGAGCUCUGGACUUACAUCUUGGGGGAUCCCCAGCAGGGCCAGCUGGGACCGGAAAAACAGAAACCGUCAAGGAUCUGGCCAAAGCUUUAGGCAAGCAGUGUGUGGUGUUUAAUUGUUCCGAAGGCCUGGACUACAAGAUGAUGGGAAAAUUCUUCUCAGGAAUGGCUCAGUCUGGAUCCUGGUGUUGUUUUGAUGAGUUUAACCGUAUUGACGUGGAGGUUCUGUCCGUGAUUGCCUCACAGGUUCAUGCCAUCAAAAUGGCAAAGGACAGUCAAGCCAUAAGGUUUGUGUUUGAAGGAAGAGAGAUCCGUCUGAAUAUGUCGUGUGGAAUUUUCAUCACUAUGAAUCCGGGAUAUAAAGGCAGAGUGGAGCUUCCAGACAACUUGAAAUCUCUCUUCCGGCCUGUCUCCAUGAUGGUCCCAGACUACCAGCUCAUCGCAGAGAUUAUGCUUUUUUCCGAGGGCUUCAAAGCAGCAAAACCUCUCUCAGGGAAGCUAGUGAAUCUGUACCAGCUGGCCAGCAAGCAGCUUUCCCAGCAGAAUCACUAUGAUUUUGGGAUGAGAGCCAUCAAGACAGUUCUAGUUGUGGCCGGUCAGAAAAAACACGACUUGGAGACCAGAGAGAAGAAAUCCCGCCUGUCUGCAGAUGAAGAGGCGCUAAUUAUUAUUACCGCCUUAAAGGAAGCUAAUCUGCCCAAAUUUUUGGCUGAAGAUGUUCCACUCUUUGAAAGCAUCAUGGCUGACCUGUUUCCAGGAGUUGUUUUUGAAAAAGCCAAUACUAAGAGAUUAGAGAAAGCAAUAUCUUUGGCAACAAAUGAAUUAGGCUUACAGCCCUGGGAAAGUCAGACAGAGAAGGUCAUCCAGUUCUAUAAUCAGAUUCUGGCUCGUCAUGGCGUCAUGCUGGUGGGUCCUACUGGGGGAGGAAAGACAACUGUACGAAGAAUUUUGGAAAAAGCAUUGGGACAUUUACCAUCAAAAGGAGGACAUUCUCCAGCAGUAAUUACUUUAUAUGGAAAGGGUAAGGUGGUCUCUUUCAUCAUCAACCCCAAAUGUGUGACCCUUGGAGAACUCUACGGAGAAAUCAACCCCAAUACCAUGGACUGGUCCGACGGGCUGCUGGCUCAUGCUCUACGCACCUUUACGCAGCAGUCUUCUAAAGACUGGUAUUGGAUAAUCCUUGACGGCCCAGUGGACACAGUGUGGGUGGAAAACCUGAACACGGUUCUGGAUGAUACAAGGACUCUCUGCUUGGCCAACAGUGAAAGGAUUCGUCUUCCUCAGGGUAUGAGGAUGGUAUUUGAGGUGGACAGCUUAUCACAGGCCAGUCCUGCUACAGUGAGCCGUUGUGCCAUGGUGUAUAUGGAUCCGGUGGAUCUAGGAUGGGAACCCUUUGUUAGGACCUGGGUGACUCGAAUAUCCGCUAAACUCCCAGCCUUGGCAGUGCAGUACCUGAACACACUGUUCAGUCUCAGUGUGGAUGAGGGCAUCAAAUUCAUUCGCAGCCACAGGAGCAGCUUACCGUUCCCUGUCCAAGAUAUGGUCCUUGUCAUGAACUUAUGCAAAAUCUUGGAUGCCUUUAUUGAUUUCAUGAGCAGUAAUGGAGGCUUUGGACAUCUCAAACAAUUCAUCCCCACACAGCUACCUCCUCACGUAUCACUUGCCCCUCCCUUUUAGAUUUUCACCAAUGACUGCUUUCUUUUUUUUCUCCUAAUUUUUACAUUCAUCUGUAGAGAAGAACAUAAAUGGUUUUUGGAGAAGCACCCAGAGAAGCUCAUCCCUUUGCUUGGGAAGUUGUACAUCUUUUCCUACACAUGGGCAUUUGGAGGGGUUCUAACCCGUGAGGAUGAGCAGGAAGGGGAUUCCCUCAUCGGAUUAAAGGCUAGAGAUGAGCUCCUGGUCAAUGUGACCCAUGACUUCAGCAGUUUAGUUCAUGAUCUGUUUGAAGGAGAACAAACCCGUGGAGUUCAGUUGCCACUGGGACAGAGUUCGGUCUUCAGUUAUUUUGUGGAUCUACAAACCGGCAACUUUGUGCCUUGGCACAGCUUAGUUCCUUCUACAGAAUCUUUAAUCCAGAAAGGUAACAUUCCUCCUGUGCUUGAUGCUCAUUGGCUGGAGGGAUUUCUGCAGAGUCCUACCACACAGACAAUCAUCAGAGCUGACAGCAUCCUCUCGCAGUACAUCGUGCCAGCGUUUGUUGAGACUUUGCUGUUCUCAGAGUUUAGCCCUUUGAAGGACAGAAGGGGCACCGUCCAGCGCUUCAUCUCUACUGUGGACAGCGUGAGAUAUUCCUUCCUAAGCAGCCUCCUCCUGAUAGCCAAGCAUCCUGUCCUCUUCACAGGUGAUUCAGGAGUUGGGAAAUCCACCUUAAUCCAGAACAUGUUGGAUAAACUCCAGAAGCCCGGCGGAUUGUCUGUAAAGGCUGGGACUGUGCUGGGAGAUGUCUAUCUGUUCAAUGAUUCCAGGACAAUCAGCCUUUUACAGAAUAUGAGAUCAAUAACAGCAUCCAUUUCUGGAGGUGAUGAAGAGAUUGCACUUCUAACUGAAGGCACAGAAGGGUCACUCGCUGGGCGAAUGUCAGCCACUGACUCAGUAAAAAGAAAACUGAACCAGCUGCUCGUUUCCACCAUUCAGCUAGGACCACACACCAGUCCAGCCAAAAUACAGAGCCAAAUCCUGAGUAAGCUGGUGAAGAAGGGCCGGGAUACUCUCGGAGCACCAAAGUCAAAACAAAUGGCUGUAUUUAUUGAUGACCUGAACAUGCCAAACCCGGAGCAAUAUGGCGCCCAGCCACCGCUAGAACUGAUUCGUCAAUUCCUAGAACUGGGUGGCUUCUAUGACACUAAAACAUUUACUUGGAAGAACAUCCAAGAUGUCUCUCUCAUCACUGCUUGUGCGCCCCCCGGUGGUGGAAGGAAUGAGCUCAGCCCCCGCCUCCUAAAGCAUUUCUGCAUGUUCACCCUGCCUCACCCAUCUGUGCAGGCACUGCAGCAUAUAUUCCAGGUACAAUUGGGUUCAUUUCUGCUGAACCAUGACUUUCUAGCGGACAUUCAGAAGUGCAGAGAGUUAAUGUCAUCCUGUGUGAUUGCCAUCUACUUCAAGACAUGUCAAAGCUUGUUACCUACUCCGACUAAAUGCCAUUACACCUUCAAUCUCAGGGACCUGUUUAAGGUUCUCCAAGGUUUGCUCCAGGCAAGCGAAUCAGUCAUUGUGACAAAGGAGAUGGCGGCCCAGCUACUUAUUCAUGAGUCUACUCGCGUUUUUCACGAUCGCCUUGUAGACCAAGGAGAUAGAGAGAGCUUCUACCAGUGUGUGUCAGAUGAACUGCACAAUUAUUUCAAGAUUUCCUGGUCAAAAGAAAAGUUGAUGAAAGAGCCGAUUCAGUUUGUAGACUUUCUAGGGACAAGUUCAUCGGCGAAGAGCAGGGUGUACCGGCCAGUCACCAACCAGAGAAAGCUUGUAUCUAAACUGGAGGAGUACUGGAUGAAGAUGAGAAUGACCUCCCCCAGCUCUGGAGACACAUAUGUAUUCUUUACUGGAGCCGUCCAGCAUAUCAUUAGAGCAGCUAGAGUCUUCAGACAGCCUGGAGGUCACAUGAUGCUGGUCGGACUUGACGGAACAGGGAAAGUAAGUAGCGCAGCCUUGGCCUGCUACAUAUCAGAUUGCAAGCUCUUUCGGUUGUCCAUAAUGCAGAGUUACAGCCACGCGGAAUUCAGGGAGGAGCUGAAGAAAGUAUUUAAGGAAGCUGGACUCCAAAGCAAGAACGUGGUACUCCUCAUCAGAGGCUCUGACAUCAUUCAGGAUUCCUUCCUGGAGGAUAUAGACAGCAUCCUGAAUUCGGGAGAAGUUCCUCACCUGUUUGACAAAGAGGAACUGGAUGGUCUCUUUGUGGAGCUCCGAACAGAGGCCGCAGAGGCCAACAUGUCUGACAGUGCACAGUCUAUGCUGACCUUCUUCUUACAGCGGGUCCGUUCGAAGCUACAUGUGGUCCUAGCCCUGAGUCCUGCAGGACAGACAUUCCGUGAACACUGCCGAUCGCACCCAUCUCUGGUCAACUGCUGUACUAUCGACUGGUAUGACGAGUGGCCAGAAGAGGCCCUCUGCAGUGUGGUCAACAGUUACAUUGCAGAACACCAUCUGCUGCAAGACAACCAGGGUCUUCAGGACAGGAUCGCUCAGGUCUGCGUUUCCAUUCACGAAAGUGUUUCCAGCAAAGCAGAACAAUAUUUAAAGGAGAGCAGAAGACAUUAUUAUGUGACCCCCCAGAGCUACCUGAGCUUCAUAGACACCUUCUCACACAUCCUACAGACCAAGAGAGAAACAGUGACCACAGACAGAAAUCGUUUCUAUACUGGGCUGUCUAAGCUGCUUGAGGCCUCCUCAUCCAUUGAGAUCAUGCAGCAUGAGCUGGUGGCUCUGGGACCACAAAUAGAGCAAAAAUCAAAGGAAAUAGAAGAAUUGAUGGCUAAACUUCAGAGAGACUCGGUUGUUGUGGAACAAGUUCGAGCCAUUGUAAAGCAGGAAGAAGAGGUGAUGGCUCAAGAAACCAGAAUUGUACAAGAAUAUGCCGAGCAAGCCCAACGAGAGCUUAGUGAGGUCCUGCCCGCUCUAGCAGAGGCCGUGUCAGCUCUGGAUUCCCUGGACAAAUCUGACAUUUCAGAAGUCAAAGUGUACACAAAUCCUCCAUUCCUGGUGCUGACGGUCAUGAACGCUGUAUGCGUGCUUCUGCAGAAGAAACCUGAUUGGGCCACAGCCAAACUCCUCCUUGGAGACCAGGGAUUCCUCAAGAGAUUGGUCAGCCUUGACAAGGACCACGUGUCGGAGAAGGUUUUCCAUCAUUUAAAGAAAUAUACGAGCACCUCAGAUUUUAACCCACAGAAAGUUGGUUUAGUGUCCACAGCCUGCCGAUCUCUGUGUCAGUGGGUGCUGGCUCUAGAGCACUAUCAUGAAGUUCACAAGAUGAUGAUACCCAAACAACACCAUGUGGCAGAAGCCCAGGAGGCCCUGAAGCUGGCCCAGGAAAGACUUAGACAGAAACAAGCCAAUUUAUCCCUGGUUGAAGAACAUCAGCAGCGACUGCAGAAACAGUACAAUGACAGCGUGGCAGAGAAAGACCAGCUGGCGUACAGGAAACAACUCACCACCAAACGUCUGGAGAGGGCUUCCGUGCUCAUCACCGCUCUGGAGGAGGAGAAGGUACGCUGGAAAGAGUCAGUGGACAGGUUGGACCUGCGAUUGGACGGUAUUGUUGGUGAUGUCCUGGUUUCAGCCGCAUUCAUCGUGUAUUGUGGUGUGUUUACAUCUGAGUAUCGGGCACAGCUGGUUGAGCAGUGGUUGGGAUUCUGCAGAAACUACAAGAUACCGGUGUCAGAGGAUUAUUCUGUCAUUAGAGCCAUGGCAGGGAAGAGUGAGGUGUGGAGGUGGCAGAGUGAAGGGUUACCCCCAGACCCAUACUCCACGGAGAAUGCCAUAUUGGUGAAAAAUGGUCGGCGUUGGCCUCUUCUCAUUGAUCCCCACGAUCAGGCCCAUAAGUGGAUUUGCCAGAUGGAAGGCGACAAACUGCGCCAGGUUCUGGUCUCCGACCCUGGAUAUAUGAAGACCUUGGAAAAUGCCAUACGCCUUGGGGAACCCAUACUUUUACAGGAUGUUUCAGAAGAUUUGGACCCAGGUUUAAAGCCAGUUUUGGGAAAAGAAAUCCACAGUCGGGCUGGACAAGAUUAUAUACGACUUGGUGAUUCUGAAAUUGAGUACAACCAGAAUUUUAGGCUCUACAUGUCCACCCAGAACCCCAGCCCUCACUUCCUGCCUGCUGUUUGUAUCAUGGUGACCGUGAUCAGCUUCACAGUAACUUUUAAAGGGUUGCAGGACCAGCUCUUGUCCAGUGUGGUGACACAUGAGCAGCCCCAUCUGGAGCUGCAGAGGAACCAGUUACUGGAAAAUAUAUCUUCUGAUCUGUGCACGCUGCGAGAGCUGGAGGAACGCUCGCUCACUUUACUGCAGAAAACAGAAGGACACCUGCUUGAUGACGAGGACCUCAUUGACACUCUACAGAAAUCCAAACUGACUUCUAAAGACAUUAUGGAGAGAAUGAAAGCUUCUGGGAAAACAGAGGAAACCAUUGACGCAGCCCGUGGUAUCUACCUACCUGUAGCCAGUAGAGGGGCCGUGCUGUACUUCAUAGUGGCCGACCUUGUUCAUCUCAACUACAUGUACCAGUUCUCCCUGCACUGGUUCCACAAGGUGUUUGUGGAAUCUAUGGAUGUUUUAAAGACCAACCAAACUCACGUCUCUUUAAUGUCGUCUUCCGGCACCAUCCGCCCACUGAGCAGACAGAAGACUAUAGAGAAGGAAGCCGAGGAUAAGGAAAGACAGGACAUUGAAAGGCACCUCCACAACAUUUGUGAUACUCUGACCAGAAAUGUCUACAAGAUUGUAUCAUCGUCCCUCUUCACAGAACACAAGCUCUGCUUCUCCUUCCUGCUGGCAGUGAACAUUAUGAGGAAUGGCAGCGAGGAUCUUCCGGGUCCUCUGGGGUUCCUACCACAUGCCGAGUGGAAUUUCUUCUUGAAUUCGGUGCUGCUGACCAACUUCAUGGGCUCAAAUUCCAGUGAGAAUAGUAAGACAGGGAUAAGGGACAGGCAUGACGUGUGCCACAUCCCAGAGUGGCUCUCUGGCUCCACCUGGAGGCAGUGUGAGUACCUGGCACGCCAUAUGGAGCCGUUCUCCGCUCUCUGUGACUGUCUGCUAUCCAAUGACCAGCAGUGGAGGGAAUUCUGCAACAACAACAACGUAUAUGAGUUCCUCAAGAGCCUGUACAGUGUAGAAGGCUUCUCAUCACAGGAAGGUACGGCACAAAGUUCAGACAGAGAAGACACCGAGGACCCGGGAGAACAGCAUACAAGUAUUGUAUUUCACUGGGAGGAACUUUCUUCAUUCCAAAAACUUAUAUUGGUCAAGGUCCUCCGUCCAGAAUGUUUAAUCAGCGCCAUCCAGGAGUUUAUCAUUGAGAAGAUGGGCAAAGAAUAUGUUCAGAGCAGUGCAAUGAAUAUAAAACAGGCCCUGCAGGAAACCAGCAACACUACCCCACUUAUAUUCAUACUCUCGUCUGGUAGUGACCCGGUUGGUGAACUGGAACGCUUGGCGCUGGAGACUCGGGGGAGCACGCUGCACCUUGACAUGAUCUCUCUGGGCCGCGGUCAGGGCGUGAAGGCCGAAGAGCUGAUUAAUAAAUCCCAGAGGCUGAAAGGACAUUGGGUAUUCCUGCAGAACUGCCACCUGGCCGCUUCCUUUAUGCCCAGGCUGAGGGAAAUCGUGGAGGGGUUCGAGCAGCAGAGUCAGUCUUUGGACCCCCAGUUUAGACUGUUGCUGAGCUCCAAAUCGGACCAAUUGUUUCCAGUGUCCAUUCUACAGAAGGGGUUCAAGAUGGCGGUGGAGCCCCCUAUGGGUUUGAAGGGGAAACUGCUGCAGACGUUUGACGCUAGUGGGACUGGACUGAUAACGGAGAAGACGUUUGAGAGGGAGAACCAUGGACGGCCCUGGAAGAAGCUGCUGUUCAGUCUGUGCCUCUUCCACUCUGUGUUAAAUGAGAGACAUAAAUACGGCGCACUUGGCUGGAAUAUCCCCUACGAGUUCACCUCAUCGGACCUCGAGGUCUCUGUACAGAUGUUGGCGAUGCUUACUGAGGGCCGCAAUGAGAUUCCCUGGAAGGCCGUCCAUUACCUGACCGGAGAGGUGAUAUACGGAGGCCGCGUCACAGAUCUCUGGGACCGCCGGUGUCUCCUCAGCAUCCUGGACACCUUCUAUAACCCGGCUGUGCUACAAGAUGGUUAUUCCUUCUCCGAGGACAAGGUAUACGGAACCAUAGCGGAUAAUGUCACACUAUGGGAGUGCCGGGAUUAUAUCAGCUCCCUCCCAGACGCAGACCCCCCUCAGAUAUUCGGGAUGCACCCCGACGCAGACAGAGCGUUCCUCACGUCUCAGGCUCAGCUCUUCGCAGACACCAUUGUCAGCAUGCAGCCGAGGCUCAGCGCGGAAUACGUCACCGUCAGAGGUGACAGCAGCCGGGAUGAGAUGGUUCUGCACUUGGCUUCCAGUAUCCUCAGCAAAGUGCCAAUGACAGUGGAAGGAAGGAUGGAGCAGGACAAGGCAGCAGCUAGAUCGGACAUUGCUGUGACGGUCAGCAGCUUGUUCACUGACCCUGCUUGGGAUAGCCUUGUGAGAUCAACCAAAGGUUACGAUCCUCUGCUGAAUUCCGCUUUACUGACUGUUCUCCAUCAGGAGAUUGGACGAUUUAACCACCUGCUGUCAGUCGUACACAGUUCACUCAGUGCUCUGCAGCAGGCUGUGCGGGGGGAGAUCAUACUGAAUAAAGUCCUGGAGGAGCUCUAUAACUCCCUGAGCAGCCUCAAGGUGCCUGAGCUGUGGCAGCGCCGCUCGUACGAAUCCUGUAAACUGCUCGGCUCCUGGGUAGACGAUCUUGUACAGAGAAUCGGGUUCUUUUCCACAUGGGCCAGUCAUGUGAUUCGUUGUGUACAGGAGAGGUUUAGUCAGCAGCUCGGCCUGAAAAAGACAUUCAAACAUUCCAGACCAAACUCAUCCCAAACUCCCGACACUCUUCCGGAGAACGGGUCGCACCUCACAGGAGAGCCAGGCUACUACUGGAUCCCGGCGUUCUUCUUCCCGCAAGGGUUCUUAACGGCCGUAUUACAAAAUUAUGCACGAAAAAGAAGUGCGUCAGUGGACUCGCUCACCUUUAUACACCGAGUGCAGCCUGUUGUGACUCUUUCCAGUCUGGAUACAAAUGGAAUAACUAACAUCACUGAGAUGGCAUUUAAUGGCUCUCGUCCACCUGAACAAGGAGUUCUGGUAUUUGGGCUCUUUCUGGACAGCGCUCGGUGGAGCCAUGAUACACAAGUCUUGGAGGAGUGUGAACAUCCGCAGAGAUUCUACCCACUGCCACCAAUCCAUUUCAUCCCGCACACGAUGGAAAUGGCGUCUGGAAGCGGCUGCGCUGACGUACACAACACCUUCACCUAUGAAUGCCCAUUAUACAGAACCCCACAGCGGGCCGGAACUUUAUCUUCUACUGGGCACUCCACAAAUUUUGUAACCUCUGUGAAUAUACCAACAAUGGCCAGACCAGAGCACUGGAUACGAAGGGGGGUGGCCAUGCUCUGCCAAACACCCGAGUGA